GAAAGGAAGAUGGCGGCUGUAGAAGAGCGAGUGGAGAGGGGUACCGGAGCGCUAGAUUCCGAUUCGGUUUCACCCAGAUUAUCCACUCCUCCACCGGAUCAGCCUCACCAGAACAACCCUCUCUUGGGACUUCCCAUCGUGGCGAUCGAGACCAUUCUAAAUUUCUUGUCUUACGACGAAAUCAGUCUGCUGCGCUUGGUGUGCAAGCGGAUGGACAUGAUCUGCCAGCGCAUGCUGAACCAGGGCUUCCUCAGGGUGGAGCGCUACCACAGCCUGUGCCAGAAGCAGGUCAAAGCCCAGCUGCCCAGGCGGGAGUCGGAGCGGAGGAACCACUCGCUGGCUCGCCACGCAGAUAUCCUGGCUGCCGUGGAGACGCGCCUCUCCUUGCUCAACAUGACCUUCAUGAAAUACGUGGACUCCAACCUGUGCUGCUUCAUCCCGGGCAAGGUGAUCGAUGAGAUCUACCGCGUGCUGCGCUACGUGAACUCCACGCGGGCGCCCCAGCGGGCCCACGAGGUCCUGCAGGAGCUCAGGGACAUUUCCUCCAUGGCCAUGGAGUACUUCGACGAGAAGAUCGUCCCCAUCCUCAAGAAGAAGCUCCCCGGGGCCGACCUCUCCGGACGCCUCAUUGGCUCCACCCCAGUGGCAGGCCCCUCCACCUCGCUGACCACCAUGUCCCUGCUGGCCAAGAACACGCCGUCGCGCUCGGAGAUGACCAAGGUGCAGCAGCAGGUGAAGGUGAACGGGGCGUCCAUGACGGCCCUGCGGCGGGAGAUGUCGGAGGUGCGGGUCAAGCAGCUGGAGCAGCAGAAGCAGCUGCAGGACCAGGAGCAGAAGCUGCUGGAGCAGACGCAGGUCAUCGGCGAGCAGAACGUGCGAUUGGCCGAGAUGGAGCGCAAGCUGCGCGAACUGAUGGACAGCGCCGUGGGGGGCGGGGCCGGCGGAGGCCCCGCCUCUUCCUCCUCCUCCUCUUCCUCCUCCGCCAACGCCGUGGUGUCCGCUGCGGGGGCGGCGGCGGCGGCAGUGGGCGCCGACGGCCCCCCCAACAAACGUACAAGGAAGAGCCCGGACUCUCCCCGCCAGUCCAAGCGUCUGCGCAGCAAGAAGUAGAGGAACUCUACCUUUUUUUUUUUUUGUUUUUUUGAUUUUUAAUUUUAUUUUUAAAAAUUUUUUUGUUCUCUCUCUGUUGUUUAAGACGCCCCACCCGUGCCCUGUGAUGUCAUUUUUUGUUUUGAAUGCCGUUUGGGGAGGGAGGAUGAGGAAGGGAAGGGUGGUGAAGCAAGAAAGUGUGGGGCAGGGGCUCCACAUCAGCCUGUUUCCUUGUGUUUAAGUCAGCGUCAUUGCCUAAAAAUCACCCCCCCCCCCAACACCCACUUAUACACAUACCCCCUAUACUUACAUAUGCCCAGGCAUGCAGUUGGGCUUGUUUAGACUCUACUAGGGGGAAGCAGUGGGAGAACCUGAGGCAACAGUUAAUCUGUUCAGGAGGGAAAGCUAAAAUGGCGUCACACACAAGGAGUCCUAUACAGGCUGGGACACGCAAUUAGCCAAAGAGAAUCUUCUGUCUUGUCUAUCCGUGUAGCCGGCACACGUCACUGUGGGCAGCGAUCGACUGGACGAGCAGCCUUGGGGGUAAAAGACGGCAAAAAAAAUUCAGUCUUCUCUUCAAGUGGCCAUGGUCAGGAGGCGCUUGAAAAGCCCCACUUUCAGAAAUGAUCAUGGGGUCAGUAUAAAAAAACAAAACAAAAAAUGAACUCCCCUGCCCCUAGAACAACUUUUUUUUGUUCAUUUAUUAAAUGUGUGAAGCACUCUAAAUGUAUUCACUGGCAUGUUUUUUUUUUUUUUUUUUUUUUAAGUCCAUAGUAUUCCUGUCAGCUAUGUAUAUAAACCCCUCUUAUUGUGGAGGACUAAAUCCACUGCUUCUUGUGAUCGGUAAUGAAUAAUUUUAUGUUCAGGAAGAUGGAAGUCAUUUCUUCUUAAUGAUUGUUGUUAUUUUUUGAAGCGGGGGAGGCAGGAUUGGCCGGCUCAUGUCUGAGCACGUGCAGUCUGGUUUGGCUGCGGCGCUAAACCUUCUGUUGUGAGCCUCGCCUCAAGCGUCCAUGUGUCCUAGGAGAUCGCCGCCCCGUAAGGAAACACAUUGCAUAAGUACCCUCUUAAUCCGUCACGCCCAGCAGGGAUGAUGCACAUUUUUUUUGAAGAGGGAUUUUUUAAAUUUUUUAUAUCGACUAGAUCCAUUGCAUUAAAAUAUUAGUUGUUGAAGGGGGGUUUUUUUUUUUUUUUUUUUUUUUUGGAUGGAAUUACUAUUAUUAUCUUCCCCCUAUGAGCUGGCCACAUGUUUUUGGUUUUUUCCCCCCUUUUCUUUGAGCCAUUUCCAGCGUGGUGAAUGGGAAUGGGUGACCAUAAUGGGGUCUCUCACUAUCGUGAAGGUAACGGAUGCUGGCAUGAAAAGUGAGAUGACUGAUGUCAGUGGAUGGAUAA